UUGAUUUUGUUUAAUAUUUUGUUCGUUUGGAUGGUUUAUUGGAGCGCGGUUUUCGUUUUCAUAUCUAAAGAAUCUUGUUGAUAUUUUUUUGUUUGAAUAAUUAAUCGAUAUCGAAUAAUCAUGUCACAAUCAAAUCGUGUUGGUCAUCCGGUUCGUAAUCGAAAAAAGAAUCGUUUAAUUUAUAAUGAAGAUGAAGAAACAUCAUUUGGUUCAAAUCGUAUGCCAUUAUAUUCAAUUUCGUCAAUGUCAAAUCUAUCUAAACAAUCAAGACAAUCAUUAAUGAAUAAUAAUAAUAACAACAAUAAUAAUAAUAAUACAGUGGGUAAUAAACAACAACAAGAAGAAUCUAUUGUUGUUUAUAAAGGAAAAUUUAAUAAAAAUAUUGGUAAUAAUAUAAUGAAUAGCCUGAAAACAUUAUUAAAAUUACCAAAAGCAUAUAAUUGGGUUGUAUUGGAAUGGUUUUAUGGUAGUAUUGAUCAGGUAUUAUUUUUGGAUGAAAAUGAAUUUAGUUUAUGUUUGAAAGAUUCAUUUCCACAAUUGAAAACAAGAUAUUUAACUCGGAUGGAAUGGUCACAGAUACGAAGAUUAAUGGGAAAACCACGUCGUUGUUCGGCAUCAUUUUUCGAUGAAGAAUUAACAACAUUAAAUACUAAACAUAGUAAAAUUCGUUUUCUACAACAGAAUAAAGUACCCGAUAUUAAUGUUUAUAAAGAUUUACCGGAAUUUUUACCACAACCAUUAGUUGUUGGUGAUCGUGUUUGUGCAUUAGCUCGACAACAUGAAGGUUUACAUUACGGUACGAUUGAAGGUAUUAAUCCAUCCAAUGGUACAUAUCGUGUACGAUUUAAUCGUGAUGAAUUAGGUUCAUUAACAAUACCGGAUUAUGAAAUAGCAUCAUCCGAUAUACCACAAUUAGUACCAAUAUCAACAUUUCAGAUUAAAACAAGAAAACAAUGGAAUCUAUCGAAUCGUAUUGUUGAUUCGAUUGCAACAGUCGAACCACAUUUAUCAUCAUCAUCAUCAUCAUCAAUAUCAUCAUCGACAACAUCAUCAUCAACAAUAGCAGCAACAGCAUCAACAACAUCAAAAACAACAUCAAAAUCAUCAAUUAAACAUAAACAACAACAAUCAUUUCCAACGGGUGAAAUAAUUAUCGGUAAACAUCGUACAAGAAUAUUAGAAUUUGAUCAAAGUAUUGGUGGAUUUCCAAUCAAAUUUCUAACCUAUAUGGUAAAAGCAUCAAAAAUAUUAACAUUAAAAAAACGUAAACUAACUGAAUUACAGGCAAUGAAUACAAAAAUUGAACGUAUGAAAACAUUAUCAUUACCAAUAUCAUUAACAUUUAAAAAACAAUAUGCAAUAACUAUAUUAGAAUUGGAACAAACAAACAAAGAACUUGGUUUUUAUUUGAAAAAAAUUCAAAGCUAUAGUUUACAGGUUGCAUCGGAUGGUAAAUUAAAAAGUCUUCGACCAGAUAUAUUAACACAAAAAUAUCAAAUUGAAUCCAAACAAUUGAUUGAAAAAUUACAGGGAAAAUUUAAAGUUAGUGAAAAAAUGAGAAAUUUAAUCAUAAAUUUAAUAUGUUUAUUGGUACAUUUACGUGGUUUUCGUGAUUGUGAAAUAAGUUCAUAUGAAUUUGAAUCAUUAUUGAAUGCAUUAACAACAAUCAGGGAAAUGAUACAUUUAGAUAAUCAUGAUACAUUUCAGAAUAAUGUUGAAAUACAUAUUCGUCAAUAUUACUGA